AUGAGUUUUACCACAUUUCAAAAAGAAGUUCUCGAACGCCACAAUGAGCUGCGUGCCAAGCAUUCAGCCCAACCUUUGCAGCUCGAUGCUGGUCUGUGCGAAUUCGCUCAACAAUGGGCUGAUAACCUAGUCCGCCGAAAUGUCUUGGAACAUCGCAGCAAUAACAAGUACGGAGAAAAUCUUUACGCUGCUUUUGGAAAAAGCCAAGUCUCGGGUGCCGAUGCAGUGGACUCCUGGUACGACGAAAUCAAAUGCUAUACAUUUGGGGUUCCGAACCCAUCAAACUUUUCACAGGUGGGCCAUUUCACCCAGGUGGUGUGGAAGAAUUCGCGCAAUCUAGGUGUAGGUAUUGCUGUACAAGGAACUAAAGUUUACGUCGUUUGCAACUACGACCCUCCAGGCAACUAUGGAGGUCAAUAUCCUGCCAAUGUGACUAGAUCGUGA